AAUUUUGUGUGCGUUUUUUUUGACUGUGUAUGUAUGUGAAUACAUAUAUGUGUAUAGAAAGUUUCAUAGCUCUGUCUGAGAAUCUAAGCUGAGCGCGGCUACGAGAGCUUAAUAAAGUGUGCGAAAAUUCAAGAGAACAAAAAUAAACGCGAAACAAUUUUUUAGCGUGUCUUUAAAGUGCGUCGUGUGUUAAUAUGUUAAUUAAAUGUUGCUAAGUGUUUGCUGAUUACUUUUGAAACAACAAAUACAAUUAACGAGAGUGAGAGCAACAACAACAACCAACUCGUAUAAAAGUGAGGCAUAAAAUGCGCUUAAAUUAGCGCAGACUUGGGACAACAGCUGGUAACCGUAGAAGACAUCUUUAGUUGACUGAGUGCUUCAGAGACAGCAUGGCCCUGAAUCAGGGCAAGUAUAAGCCGACAAUCUGUGCCAUCGAUGAGGUGGACGAUCGCAGCUACAAGCUGCAUACGGGCCCAGACGAUGAGCGCAUUGGCCAUGGCAGCAAGCUUCAGAUCGAAGGCAGCGAAACGGCCCCAUUGACCACCAAUCAGCAGAAGCUGCACAUGGAUGAUGCUGAACUGACGCCCAAGGAGCUAGAGGCGGCACGCCAAGACGCCCUCAGCGGGGUCAGUGCUGUGGGGGGCGGAGUUACGCCCACAGCGAACACGCCGAACUCGACUCACGCUUCAGCAAAUGGACUGAGAGCGUUGCUGCUUCCAGGACGACGAUCCAUUGAUGCACUGAUGAGCCUGCCGCGCAAAAGUCGCAUUCUCUAUGUGGCCACCGCCUGCCUGUGCGCUCUGCUGCUCGUGAUUAUCAUCAUGCUGCUGGCAUUCUGGCCCGAGGUGCCAUUUCAUUUGCGAGCGCCGCUCUGCCUGCAGCGCGAGUGCGUCGAGAGUAGCCGCCAAUUGCUGCUCUGGGCCAAUACAACAAAGAGCGCCUGCCACGAGACUUACGACUGGGCAUGCGGCAACUUUGCCGACGAAUACGCCAACGGGGACUACUAUGUGAUUAAGCGCGGCGAAUGGAACUACAAGACUUACAAUGAGUAUCAGGAACUCAACGAACUGAAUCGCUUCAUAUCCAUGCUGCCCAAUGUCGCUGAGAGAGCAUACGCCGUGGAGUCGACCAUCAGCAGUCUUUAUCGCAACUGCCGCGACAUCGAUGCCCUGGACAAGAGUCAGUCGGAUCUGCUACUCAAACAGGCUAUCAAAUCUGUGGGUGGUUGGCAGGCGAUUUCGGCCACGAAUCGACUGCAGAACUGGGAGUACAAGAAUGCCCUAAAAUUGCUGCAAACCAAGUUUGGCAUCUUUCCCUACUAUCGUGUGAGCGUGGAGAACAGCUAUAAUGUGCCCUACGACUACGUCAUCACCCUGGACGAGGGCGACGUGGGACUGCCGGACAAGUUCUUUUAUGGCCCGGAUGCCGACGAGGAAGUCGUGCGCGGCUACAAGCUGCUCCUGCGCGACUUUGCCAUCAAUAUGGGCAUCGUGUCGCGCGAGGCAGAUCUGUUUGCAGAUGACAUUUUCCACUACGAGCGGCGCAUAGUGCAUCACAUUGAGUCAGCCAAGGGAAGCGGCGAGCGCCAGCAGAACAAACUGCUCCGCCUGGCAGAGCUGAAGAGCAUCGCGCCAUCGCUGCCCAUUCUGGAGUCUCUGCAGGCCAUCUUUCCCAACACGCGGAUCAGUGAGGAGACGGAAGUGCUGGUGCGUGAUGUGGAAGUGUUUCACGAGUUGUCCACGCUUAUCUCGACGUCAGACAAAAAACCCAUUAACAACUUUAUCAUCUGGUCGCUGGCACGUCAAAUGUUGCCGCAUCUGUCAAAGGAGUACCGCACGCUGGCGGAGCACUUUGAUCAUGCUAUUUAUGGACGGACGGCCACCUAUCCGCGCUGGCUCUUCUGCAGCAAGGUGGUUCGCGACUGGGUGCCCUUUGCCGUGGACGCACUGCAGCAGCAGCCGCCCAAGCAGCAGUUUGAGGGAGUGUCUCGCAUACGGAGCCACGAGCCAUCCGGCUUAAACAAGACGAUUGGCAACGAAAAGUUUCUCCAGCUGAUGUUCUAUAGCUUGCGCAAUCAGCUGCAGGAUUCGUUGGCGCAGGCCAGCUGGCUGGAGCCGACGGCUCGACAGUUUAUGCACAAGAAGCUAGCCGAGAUGCGGCUACAGUUUGGCAUACCCAGCGAAGUGCUCGACCAGCCGGACUACAUCAGCAACUACUAUAACGAUCUGCUGCUGAGUAACCUAAACUUUGUCGAGCACUUGGAGUCCAUUUGGACCUUCCGGCGGUCGCGCAUGGAGAACAAGCUGAAAACGUUGGGCAUGCUGGAUGUCAUUGUGUCCGAGAUGUACACGAUGGAACACCCACAGCCCAUUGCCUACUCGAACAAGCUGAACAUGCUGCUCAUUUCGCGCGUGCUGGUGAACAACAACUACUACGACUAUCGCUAUCCUGUGGCUGUGAAUUUUGCGCGCAUUGGCACGGACAUUCUGGAGGCGCUGAUCAACAAUUUUCCGACCUUUUUGCUGCAGUUCAAUGCCCAGAGCACGGACAUAAGCGAUGCGGUGCCUGAGAUUGAAUAUGCCAAGCCGGAUAUCAGUUGUCUGUCCGCCGGCCAGCCGCCGCAUCUCGUUCAUGAGCUGCGCACGUUUUCGCCGGAGGCGCUGAAGAGUUUCCAUGUGACGCUAAGCGCAGCUCGAACGGCAGCGCGAGCGCUUAGCAGCUUUGUGACAGCCAUCGAUGCGGGCACAGCUAUACAGGGAGCCGGCAUCGAUCAGGCGGUCACCUAUGAGGCUCUGGGACUGACCCGCCGGCUGCGUGUGCCCGGCCUGCGCUCCUACAAUGAGAACGAGCUCUUCACGCUCGCAUAUAUGCAACAGCACUGCAGUACCACGAUUGCGGACAAGGACUAUGCGCGCAUCAAGCCACAUGUGGAGCGGCAGUUGGCCGAGCGCUAUCUCUUCAAUGCUACCUGGCAGCACAUACAAUUCCUGCCACGCUCCACGAACUGUGCCGCCUCCGAGGUCAGCUGCUCCAAUUUGCUGUGAGGGCACAACUUGCCGCAUGUCUCCAUACUAUGUGUACAAUUCCUUAGCUCAGCAACAUAUUUAUUGUACUUUUUUUUUACAAACAAACACACGCACACACAUA